CACACUUCAUUGUCUACAAACAUACUUUAUCGUCUAUAAACAUCCCCUGUCUUCAGAUUUCUGUUAGGCUUUAAACCCAGCAUCAACAACUAAGACUUCUAAAACUCAAACCUUUUUCCUCUUAUAAACAAUGUUCUUCACAAGAAUCACCACCUGGCUGCACUCCAAGAUGGAGGAGCGGAAGACGAAAAAAGCCAGAAACGAAUGGCUCCGAGAAGCGUCUCUGCUCACUAAGCGACGAACUUUUUGGCAUCCUUUGGAUGCUAGUCAAAGCAGUUGUGUGGAUUCACCCACACGUGAAGAUUGGCCCACACGGGCAAAAAGAUGGUAAGAUAAAUUCUAAGAUCAUACUAUAAAAGAACAGAUAUUCUAAC